AAAAUCAGCUGAUCGCAACCACUCAAAAUACACUUGGCAGAAUCUGCAUUGUACUACAAAGGUUACAAUGAAUACGAUCUCUUCCAUCUCAAUUGUACUUGCCAUCGUGACAGUAGCAAGCGGCUACCCGACGGGACCUCCAGCGCGAUCUUGUGCUUCUAUGGCACCCAGCACGAGCCCCUACGGCCACGGAGCUCAAGCACAAACAAGUCCUCCUCCCUAUGUGGUAACAAUGGAUGUUCCCUGUAACGGCUACGCAGCUGAAAAAACAUACAAAAUGACGCUGAGGGCUACUGGUAACUACGAAAUCAAAGGUUUCAUGUGCCAAGUGCGCAAGGCUGACGGGACCGAUGCCACAGCUAUUGGAAAGUUUACCGCCUUUGAACCAGCAAGCAAGGGAAAAUACCUAGCCUGCACAAGUUCCAAGGGAGCUGUGAGUCAUAAGAAUCGCAAUGGAGUGAACAUGUUUGAAGCUACAUGGACUGCGCCUGCGUCGAUACCGAGCUACAACUUGAGAGCUUUCUGCACGGCCUUGCAUAAGAAGGACACCUAUUGGUUGAAAGUUCCAUCUGAUUACUUCACGUCCGAAGACAGUAACACUAAUAAUUGCGAGCACGGACAGUGUGUUGCUAACGCCACUGCAUCAGCGUGUGUGUGUGAUACAGGCUACGUGGGUGUCACCUGCAACAGAGUAGCUAGGUUGACACAGAGACCUGGUAGGUGUGACCAGACGGAAUGGAGUGUCAAGUUUAAUGAAUGGAAGGCGUUGUUCGACUCGUACCAGGCGAAGUACGGAGCGGAACUGAAGCGUACGGAUGACGACUGAUAAAUAUGUCAACAACUCGUGAUAAUUGAGUGCAUGCUAAACGACUACAAACAAACAGUUGUUAUUGAGUUGAUAUCUAAUCCUAUAACUCUCACUUUGUUCUAGUUUCAUCUAGAAAUCUGAAUAAUAUGCAUGAGAGCAUA